GUUUAAUGUUGCACUCGCACAUCGUGGCGGGCAAUAUUUCAACCCUGAGCACAAGCUCGUCGUAUCGAAAGUUUGUUUUUUCUGUGUGUAAAUGUAGUUGUCGGCCGGGGCUCUUUUUUUUCCUCAGAAGUCUUGAAAAAGUUCCUACCAUUCGAGGAGAAAAACUCCAAAAUUGUAGGAAAAAAAUAAUUCUUGAUGUGCCUUUGGUAAAGUACGAACUAGAACUAGGGGUCGAAAGUUUCUCGGUUUACUGACAGACAACAAGAAGGAGCAUGAAACUGCUGUAAGAACUGAAUCAGCAUACCGUCAUAACACGUACCGACCAACAACUACACCGGCAACAGUAAUUUUUCCAAACUUUUGCCCCGUCCUACUUCGGCUUGUUUUACGUGGUUCACCUCCAUCCAGCCUCAAAACAAAUUAUGGCGACACAAAAAAUUUCGCACACGGCUUGUUAAGAAACCGCACUUUUUCGCUAGUGCUCAUUUUUCAGCCUCGCAAUCAUGAUCGUAGCUGCUACUUGUUUUCUCACGAGAUGCAGUAAAAUUAAAGCUGUACCGGCUGCGGCUGCGAGAGCCUCGGCUGGUCGGUAAUAAGACGGCAGCGAAGAAGAUGAAGAGUUGAAUGUCACGCCUGAAGAUGUUGAUGAUGCCUCCUGCUCCACUAGUUGAUGACGACAGCAUUAGAGAUUUGCACCUACAGUACUUCUACAGCGAAAUUUUUUUGGCCGUCGCAGCUCUCCUGCGCACCAGUUUACGACAAGCAUCUAAGAAGUAAAUCGGCGAAAGCAGUCGGAAACAGCAGGUGAAGAUGCUGCGGCGCGGCCAUCCAACUACUAUCUCCAUUCCUUGAAAAAAUAAACCAAAAAUCGUGAAAAUAGCAGGAGGAUUUGACGCAGGUCAUUGACUGUCUCGAAUUUUGCUGCGGGCAACAUCUUCUAUUGCAAGGAAGUAGUGAAACUGCACAAGUCCAGUGGUACAACAAACUUUGAUGGUUCAUCUUGCUAAAAGUGCUAUUUUCACGGACGAUUUUUAAAAGAUAGAAAGGUUUUUUCUUUUUUCAACCCCUUCCUGUCCGAAAUGGGGGGCCCAUAAACGGCUGAUAAAGUGGACAAGAAAUUUGGUUUUAUCAAAAAUUGACUAUGGUUAAAGGUAAGGGGAUAUUGUGAACUAUAGGACAACCUCCGGUUGGACCGAACCCAAGAACUACGAGCUAGCGGCUUUAGUAUUUGUCACCAGCUAAAUGGCUUGAAUCGGAUCUAGCCCGACAUUUAGUGGUCAAAUAUUAUGGACCGAACGAAGCAGUGUGCGGCGUGUAAAUUCGAAGGGUAAACUUGUGAUGUCUGGUUGAUACAACAAUUCCGCGGUUGAGUAGCCAACGAUCGUGUCGGAAUACCUACGAUUUGCGAUUUCGAAUUUAAAAAAAGCAACUGCAAAGUAAAACUUGAAGAACACUCGCGGCUUAGGGGCAGUGGCGGUGAUCGGACCGGAACUUUUUGAGAAAUUAUUCUCUUUUUAUUCUGGUCUUUUCGCUUUGCCAGCACCUGUUACCUCCCGCUUGAGUACCCUCUUUCCUGAUCCUGAACUUCAACUUCUUCGAUGGGAGAAAUAGUAGAAAAACUGACGCUUGUAUAAUUAUCAGAUGACGAAUGGAAUGCGAACAGUUUUGUUAGUAGAACCUGAAGUCACAACGACAACUUGACACGAUAAUUUUACGCGGUAGGACAAGAAACUUCUUUGUGAAGAAAAACCAAUAAAAGGCGGUUGCGGUAAAUAAAGUAAAAGGGUGAAGUAAGGUGCUUAGGGACGUACUCAUUCCGAAUCAUUCCUGGUCUGCUUGGCGGGAAAGCCACCAUCUUGCUUCUCCGACAAGAAAAAUUCAUCGCGGAUUGCGCCUCAUCAGCUACGGAGCAUCGGCGUUUGCUUUUAUUAACUUUUUCCUUUUGAUGUUUUUCAUUUUUUUAGCCAUGACAGCCAUUUCAUUAAAAUGCGCCCGGAGUAAGAACUAUUGUCAUUGGUAUUUCGCGCCUUUUUGGUGUGUGAUUUAUUUUUUAGUAUUGAAUUAUUUGCAAAGAAGAAGAACCGAGUUCCAAAGAUUAAAGUAAAAAUUCUAUGCUUUGCUUUGCCGGGCAGAUCGUGGCGCGUCAAAAAUUCGAGUGGGGGUGUUUUUGCCUGCCACCGUGAAUGCAGGCUUCCAGCUACGAAGAACGAAACAUAUUGGCGGCCGAAGUGGUCCACAUCUACAACUUUCUCUCGGAGGCAGAAGUACCGCGCAUCUCCAUGGCGGUGCGUUUGUUUUUUUCUAUGAAUGUUAUCCUUUUUUCUAUUUUGCUCUACUACAACUUCAACUGCUUAGUAGAAGCACAAUCAUUGCAAAACUUUUUUUCAAAAUGAAUCUUCGCUGUUUUUCUUUUUUCAUCUCUCGAAAAUUCAAAAAUGAUGCACGAGAGCUCGCUUGCCAUGCGAACGGGCAGAGGUACUCAUUGCACGACAACUAGUAGAAGCAAUACGCGUCCGCCCGUGACAAUGCCGCGACCGCACCAGUGCUCAUGUAAAUUCCAAAGCCGGGGGCUUUUUGAAGAUAGGACUAAACUAAAGAUUAAUCGAGGCAGCCUCGCCGGGCAUAAAAGUAGACGACGCACCAGUCAAGCAGGACUACGACUAUGGUACCCUUAUUGAGUAGAUCUAGAUCUUGAAUUUAUAUGCAUGUUGACAAUCAGCAUCAUUAUACAAAUCAAAUCUCCUGUGUACGUAAUCACGAGCCCGAAAGUUUCUGAUUUUGAUUUAUUCGCAGAUUUCUGAUUCGAAAACACUUCCUUUCCUUGUUUUCCUGUCCCUAUUUUCUUGUCUAUCUUUUCUCUGGGUUCUUUGAUUUUGGGUCCACCUCGCGAGGGAUUUUAGGACUAGUUUUAGGUGGAAUUAGGUGGUAGCGCUUCUUCGGAGAAAAAACGGUCGCAGGACGACGAGUUGUACGCCUUGUUGUCGGAAGUUGGGAACACCCUGCCCUCCUGCCAAAUGACGCCGAAGCGUGGCGAACAUCGAAGGAAACUUUCGGCAUGGAAGCGGAUUUCUGAAGGUAAGGAUACGGGUAUUUUUUUAUCGUAAAUAGCCCUUGGGCUUAUUGUUACUUAAUUGUUCUUUGCCUCAUUUAUUUUUCGAUGCAACCAUGUUGGUGCUGCAAUUCUAUGCCGAAGUGUUACUCAAAGCCUCCUCGAAAAUCUUUCGCUUCUUCAUCUCCAGCACACCAAUUUAGUUCGUGGUCUUCCAUCGAACUAAAAAACGCUAUAAUCUUUUGACGAACCGCCCCAAAACAGCCCGUGACCGUGACCGAUCGCGCGUGGGACAGUACACCGUUGCGGCAAGAACCUCGCGCAGUGUGAGGACUCCUUUCGCGUCGCUGGAUGAUCGACCCCGAGCUGGCGGAGAGCGCGUUCGAGACAAGAUACAGCGACGGAAAUGGUGAACGCUGGUGGUUCAUUUCAGCAGUCCUUCCAGCGGGGUUGCCCAAGCUGGCGGACUACAAGAACCCGGAUUUUCAAGCAGUAGACGGAGCGCGACGCGAUAGACGACGACGAGGAACCGGAGCACGACCAGGACCAGCGGGGCAGCGUCGCGCAGACGAUCGCGAUCGAACACGUCGCAGGUUCGCAGAAGACCCAAGCGGCGACCGGACGAGGAACUACAUUUGGAAACAUCGUGAGACUUGACCUGAUGGAGCGACAACUUGUGCUGACCAAAACAAGUAAACACUUAUUUUCGUUUCAAAUUCAAUUUCUCUCGAAAGGAUUUUUGCUUCUGCAUUCAGCUUCACACGCUUUUUCCAACUCGAAGCAAAUAAAUCAUUGCAAAAAAUGUAGGCAUGAAUAAAAAAAAAGUAUGAAAAUUAAGAAGAGAGGCACAACACCAGCUGCCUUGAGCUGGUUACGCACGACCUGUACGUAAGGCGUAAAAGCUCCUUUGAGUAUGUUCGCAGCUACUAUGUUGAAGCUCUACUGCCCCAUCCUGUAUUUCCAUUGAUUCCGUACCAUGACAAAGAAAGGAAAGGGCGAAAUCAAAUUUAUGUUGAUAAU